UCCUCCCUUUUCAAAAGUCUCACACACUUCCAAGCUCACCAUCAUCACUUCUAACCCAAGUAACACAAAGAAGACAAACUCUGCCAAGAAGAGUUCUCAGGCGGGGGAAACGCGAACCCCGAUCCCGUUUCCCCAAUGGCCGUUUCCCCUCCUCCUCCUUGGCUUCACCCUCACCCUCACCCUCACCCUCACCCUCACCCUCGCUCUCCUUCCAAAACCAAUCUCGCCUCUUGCUUUGUCGCCGCCACGUUCCUCAUCCUCCUCAUCGCCGGCCUCGCCCUUGUUUUCUUCAUCCUCUUCCGGCCCCGUGACCCCACCAUCUCCGUCUCCGCUGUCCAGCUCCCCGGCGGCUUCUCCGGCGGCAACGGCACCGUCAGCUUCACAUUCGCGCAGUACGCUGCCGUACGAAACCCUAACCGCGACGCCUUCUCCCACUACGACAGCACGCUGCAGCUCGUCUACGGCGGCAGCCAGGUCGGUUUUAUGUUCAUCCCGGCCGGGGAGAUCGGCGGCGGGAGAACUCAGUACAUGGCGGCGAGCUUCACCGUGGAUAAGAUUCCGAUGGUGGCUGGAGGAGGGGAUUUGGAGAUGGAAUCGAUGAUGAGGUUGAAAGGUAGGGUUAGGGUUUUGAAGUUUUUCACGCAUCGGGUGGAGACGGUGAAGGGGUGUAGGGUUGGAGUGGAGUCCAGGGAUGGAUCGGUGAUCGGAUUCCGGUGCUGAGAUCUGGCGGCUAAUGGCCGGAGAGAGAUGGAUCGGAGAGAUCCGUUUGUGAGAGAAGAACGCUCAUCAUCGUCCUCCACAAAACACUCAGAAAGAUACUCAAGUUUAGAUCUUUUUUU